AUGAUGAUAGCCGAUUCACGGCCAACUUGGGAGGGACGUGGCCUGUCUGCGCUCUCCACCAACCAGGCACUAUCUCUUUUAUUAUCGUGUCAGGACCCUUUUUCGAUGGCUCAAGCCAGCCGUGGAGCUAUAGUACAUUGCAGCACAAAGAUAAAAAAUGAAAAAAAGCAAGUUUAAAAGGGAUUCCGCGAAAUCCAAAAAUAACCGUCAGAGAAAGAAAAAAAGAUAACUAAUUUUUUUGGAGAUUCAGAGAUAGUUUUGAAAUUAGCGGUAAUCACUUUGAAUGGCAUAUUAUUUGCAACCGAUUUUUUGCGAAUCUCGUUUUUUUUCCUUGUCCUUUUAAGAUAAACUUCUGAAUUCUUUCUUUUUUGUGAACUUCUGGACCUUUAUAACUCCUUUCCAUGAAGAAACCUUGUGUUAUUUUAAUUCGCAACCGACUUUUCACUACUUCCGCCGUUCACUAUCUAUUUUCCUUUAUUCAUCCUCAAUUUUUCUUGACUUUUCUUCCAGUUCCAUGUUUUCACACAAUUCAGAGUUUCUGUUAUUCUUUCUGAUAUUCAUGGGAAGUUUUAGAACCUCUCUGACAAAUGCGAAGCUGGCAGCCAUUCCUACGUCGAACGGGUCAAAUUGAUCGCCGACCGCAUGACUCAAUAUCAGAAUUUUUUCAAGGUGAUUCAGAGAAAAUGAAUUUAUUAAAAAGAGUUUUUUAAAAAUCUCUGAACAGAAUCAGUUUCAAAAAACUUUUACAAGUGGAAAAAAGGAUUUUUUGAAGACAUUUCUUCAGUAUAAUGAUAUAUUUUUAAUGGUUAAGAUAAUCUUAACAACUCCAGAGUGGUCCUUACAGGGGCAUCCAUAGGACCUUUUGAAGGUUCCCCUAAAGGGGCGUUCAAAGUGGUCCCUAUGGGGGUUUCAGCUAGGAGUAGGGGACAUUCUAGACGAUUUUUGUGGUCAAUUUGUCUUUCAAACUUCAAAAAUAUAACAAAAAAUUUGAGGUUCCUAUAGGGAUCACUUGAGCUUAAGGAACUCGCCCUAAACCCCUAUAGGGUCCCCUUUAUGGCCUCUAUAGUGGUCUUUUUUUUCCCUAACCCUUAUAGGGCUACUUUGGCGUUUCCUAAGAGGCUUGAAGGUUACUAUGCGAAAUUUAAAAAAAUGGUGAUUUUUUUGAAAAUGCGUCUUUUAAACCUAAAUUUGACGGUGGUAAAGAAUUUUUUUGAAAAAAAUUCAAAAUUGUCUUUUUUUCUUGUGAAACUUGGAACUAAAAUUUGAAUUUAUAAGUCUUCAAAUUCAUCAGAAAUGAGUCUUUUCACAUCAAAAUCAGUUCUGGUUCUUCAAAUUUAUAGUUUUUGUCAAUAUUCUUCCAUAAUUUGAGAAUGAGUCCAAGUUUUUAAUCCAGAACUGAUAUAAAAUUAAUUUUCCCGUCUGAAAAUUAGGUUUAUUGAUUUUUUAAAAAUCUGAAAAUGUGAUCCUGAGGAACUUUCUGUUCAUGUAUUAACUUAGAAUCGAAAUAAUUAAUUUCAAAAUGGAUAAAAAAAUUGUUUUUAAAAAAAUUUAAAAAAAUGAUGGAAAAAAAUGCAGAAUUUUAAACUUUGAAUAUUUCUGACUUCUAACUUCAAAAUCUAACCAUUCAUUUUACAUGAAAAAAAUUGAAUUUUAUUCAGGAAUUUGUAAAAUAUUCGGCCCGGGCCCAGCACAGCAGCAAAAGCAUGCAGAAGGCGUUGGAACUCUGCACGAGUAUCCCGCAAAGGUUCCCCCCUUUUUUUAUGAAACAGUAAAGUUACUAAAAAGCGCAAAAAGCCUCAGAGUUUCUUUUGUUCUAGUCACAGACAAAACUAUUAUAUAGAGUACAAGAAAAAUGGAAAAGAUGGAAAAACUCCUUAAGUGAUCACUAAAAAGAAGACCGCAACUGGAAGUUUGGUAAUUGAAAUGCGUACCUCUCAAGCGCAAGUCGGUUUUGGUCGGGCGCAAGUUUUUUUUUUGCUUUUUUCACUUUUAUCAGUCUUUCAAAUGUCGUUUUGAUCUUCUCUUCAAAAAUUCCAUAAGUUUUGUCAUUUUCAACCAAAUACUUUCAAGAAUUUUCAGGGUUCACGACUUGGAAUUCACCAAGAACAUCACACAGUACCCGGGCGACACCAACAAAUUGGGGCGAAUUAUUCGACAUGUUCGUUUUGAACGAGAAAUAUUGAGCUGGGACCACCUGGCCGCAUUUGGAAUGGCUCCGAGGCGCUUGAAUUCGUAAAAUCAAGCUUAGAGCUAUGGAAGAAAAAAAACUUCCAGUAUAAUUUAGAAAGCCUUAAGCGCAACUCGUUUCACGUCGAGUGCAUAGAAUGGCUCUUGGAGGACUUUCACUACUUGUCAAAGCUUUCAGAUGCUUUUUAGCUCAAGUAGUUUCAAGGUCGGAUGCAUAGAGUGGCUCUAGUAGGGCUUUACUGCUUUUUGAAGCUUCUAGAUGCUUUUUAGCCUAAGUCGUUUAAGGUAGGGUGCAUAGAAUGGCUCUCGGAAGAUUUUUGCUGCUUUUUAAAGUUCCUAGAUGCUUUUUAAGAGCAAGUAGUCUUAGGUCGGGUGCACCGAACGGCUCUCAGGGUUCUACUGUAUUUUCUAGAUUUUAGAUACCUUUAAGUCGUUUCAAAGUCGGGCGCAAAUAUGAGAUCUCGGAACAUUUUUGCUGCAUUUUUAAAUUUCUAGAUACUAUUCAGUCCAAGUCGUUUAAGGUCGGGUGCAUUGAAUAACUCUUGCAAUAUUUUUGCUAUUUUUUAAGUUCCUAAAUGCUUCUUAGGCGCAAGUAGGUUAAGGUCGGGCGCAUAGAACGGCUCUCGGAGGAUUUUUGCUUCUUUCCGAAGCUUCCAGACGAUUUUUAAGCGCAAGUCGUUCAAGGUCGGACGCUCUAAAAUUUUACUAUAACUUUGAAAAAAACGCUUUAAAAUUUUCACGUUGAGCCAUUCCAAAUGCGUCCAACUCAGGAAAAAUUGAACCCGAAGAAGUGUUAAUUAACUGGGAAUUUAAAUAGAAAUGAACUUUCCAGGACGCCUUCCAAGUGUGGGAAGGUGACGAGGACGCCCGGCCGAGAUACGUUUUCCUCUUCCGUAAUAAGGUAAAGGAUUUCAAAAUUGUCCAGUUAAUGAAAAGUUCUCCGAAAAAUGUAUAAAAUGAAGAUUGAAAGUGUCUGGAGACGGAAAAAGUGUAAUUUUAUCGAUUUUGGCUCAAAUUUGUGAUAAAAAUUGGAAAAAAAAAAGUUGAAAUUGACUGAAAUUUUCAUUUCAAUGCAGUUUUUUACACUGCAGGAUUGGUUUUUUUCAAUUUUUUUAGCAAAUUGGAUUUUUUUAAGGUGCAGAAAAUGAUCAAAUUUGGAUUGGAAUAGGUUAAAAAAACUGGGAAAAUUGAGAUUUUCCGAUCAAGUUUUUUUGCUGAUCAAGCCACUUUUUUUCAUCGAUUUUUUUGAUAAUCCGACUCAAAAUUCUCACGAAAUCUUUCAAUUUUAACAAAAAGAAAGCUUAAAAAUGAUCAAAUUUAGCUCAAAAAUCUGGAGAAAAAAAUCGCGGUUUUUUUGAUGAUUUCUUACAUAAAAAAAUCAACUAAACUUGCAAUUUUUUUCCAGAUAAUGUUUACGGAAUUAAAUGAGGCCUUCACGCCACCAACCUACACACACUUCUCUACAAUUCGUGUAUGUUUUUAUUUUCAAGAUUUAGUUAGACAAAUAUUCGGUUCGAACUCACACGACCGACGAGGACACCAUCGUUUUGCAGCCGAAUGAACCCGGACUUCCCAGUUUCAGGUUGAAUAUUUAUAUUUUGACGUUUAGGAUACUUGUGAUUGCAUGAAUUUUCAUGGUGAUUCUCAGAAUGAAGCCCAAGGACCUGUCCAACGCCGAAUACGUCCGAAAAGCCUGGAUUCGGGACAUUGCCGAGGAACACGAGGCUUAUGGUUGGUUUACUGUAGCAUUUGGGGUACUGUAGGCAAAAAGAUGACGUCAUUCUUAUUCACUGAAGUUUUCGAAGUAACUCAUAAGGUUUGAACGGUGAAAACCUCCCUUAUUGCAUUGAAAAUUGUAGUUUUGAAGUUUUUAGGCUUACUGUAGGCUUUUGGCUACUGUAGAAUAAUGGUGUUGGUAUUUAAAUCUAGAAACAAUUGUUCUUUUUAUUUUUUUUAUAGAAGGCUUCAGUUUUUUUGAUCUGAAAAAAACCUAUGAGUUGUAAAAAAAUUAUAGGUUCUGGUUACUGUAGGACACUUUUUAAAGACUAAAGGAUUACGGUAGAUUCAGGUAACUGAUUUAGAUUAUAGAUGACGUCAUUUUUCUUUAGUGAAGCUUUUCGAAGCAACUCGUAAAGUUUGUACAGUAAAAACUCCCUUAUUGGUUGGAAAAUUGUGAUUUUGCAAAUUGAAGGGUUACUGUAAGCUACUGUAAAAAUGGUGACGUCAUUUCAACUUUGAAACAGUAAAUCAUGUAUUUUUUUAUAAAAAGAUUUUUUUGAUUUUUUUUAAAAAAAUGUUUUACAAUAGGUUUAGGUUACUGUAGGACACUUUUUCAAAGCCUAAAGGAUUACGGUAGAUUUGGGUUACUGUAGGAGGGGAUAUGACGUCAUUUUAGUUGUUUUUUAUAAGUUUAUAGGUGAUUUAAAACUAGAGAGGAGUCAAAGAGAAUAUUUUUACAGGAGCUUUGAAUUUUGAGAUUUAUGGUACUGUAGUUCAAAAUUGUGACGUCAUCAAAAAUUACGGUACUUCAAUAAAAAUUAUGACGUCAUCAAAAAUUACGGUACUGUAGUUCAAAUAUAUGACGUCAUCGAAAAUUUCGAUACUCUAUUUUAAAUUAUGACGUCAUCAUAAAAUACGGUACCCUCUAUUCAAAAUCAUGACGUCAUCGAAAAAUUCGGUACUUAAUUCAAAAUUAUGACGUCAUAAAACAUACGAUAGGCUCUUCGAAACUAUGACGUCAUCAAACUGGAAACAAAUUUAUUAUUCGGGAAAGGUUUCGGUCAACUCGAUGUACAUCACAAAAAUCUCUCUCGGGCCGGUUUUUUUAAUUUUUCGCAAUCCCUGACCUUCUUUAGAAGUUUUUCUUUGUAUUUUACGGACCAAUUUAUCAAGUUUUGAUGGGGGUUUACAUUUGUAAUAGUGGAAACACAUGUGGCGGGAGGAAAAAAAACUUGGGGCUGAAAAAUUCUUGAUUUUCAGACUUUUUUUGCUCUCGAAUAGAUAUUUUUGAAGCAAAUUAUUUUUUUCUGUAGCUUUUCUCAGCUUCUCCGCUCCAUUGCAAGCCAAAAUAUGAUACAAUCCUCGAAAAAGUCUGCAAGAAAAUGAAACGUCAAGCUCCCUUUCGAAAUUCCAACACGAACGGCGGUAAAGUCCAGCGGCUUGUUCGAAUGGAUGGCCCACAAGAACAUCCUUCUUGCUUGGAAGCUCCGGGAAGACACACAAACGCGCUCUCUCGCAAAUUCUCAUCAAACAAAUAUCUUUUGCCCGACGGGGAGGCAACUUGGCUGAGGCGGCCACGGGAGCCAACGAAACUCCCCCGCACACGGUUUCGGUUGUAAACUGUGAGUGGCGACGGCGGAGCAGAGCCUCCUGCGUCUCUUCUCAGCGAGAGAGCGAGCUGGAGCAGGUCAUUUUUGAGCUGGAACUUGAUGCGAGAUCCAAAAGGCUUUUAGAGUCGGACAGUACCAAUUUUGAUCAAUCUAAUCAGUUCUACCUGA